UGGUGCUAUAUUGCUGACACUCAUUAAGAAAGUUGGCCCUCUUCAGUCUGUAGGGGGCGCUGUCGCUUAGACGUCAGGGAAACGCUGGCCGCAAUCUCGCGUCAUCACGUCUGGUAUCGCGGUGUUUGCACCGACAUUUCGUGCAGCAGCAACUUUCACAGAAGAUACAGGAGAAGACGAGCGCUCCGUUCAUGAACUAAACCUCAGUGUGUUUGUUGACACAUUUCUCGGUUGUAGGGCUGUUGUUUAGCAGUCAAUAUGGCGGUAGUCAUCAGGCUGCAGGGUUUGCCCAUAGUGGCCGGAACCAUGGACAUCAGACACUUCUUCUCUGGGCUAACCAUCCCUGACGGGGGAGUGCACAUCGUGGGGGGUGAGCAUGGCGAAGCCUUCAUUGUCUUUGCUACUGACGAGGACGCUCGGCUUGGGAUGAUGCGAACAGGCGGGUCCAUCAAAACCUCCAAAGUGUCGCUGUUGCUUAGCAGCAAGACAGAGAUGCAGAACAUGAUUGAACUCAGCCGCCGCAGGUUUGAGGCUGGGGCGGGCGCUGCGGAGACGGCUGCACCUACAGCAGGAAAUGCCAACCGGCAAGCAGGCACCGCCCCCAUACCCUCAGUGCAGUCCGGGGCUGGGGGGAGAAGCAGUAGCCAUGGAAACCAAGGUUUUGGCAACACCUCAGCCUCAGGGACGGCAGCAAGCUCAUCUCAAGAGCCACCGAGCAACAAGGCAGUGGCCAGUGUGGUGUCCAGCUUCCCCAACAGCUACAGCUCCGCCCCCACAAUCACCACAGCUCUGGCAUCGCUCAAUGCAGGCCCCCCACCCAUCCCGCCACUUCCUAGCAUGCCUUCCAUGCCCACUCUGCCCACUAUUCCAGUUCCUCCUCCAGUGUCCUCCCUUCCCCCUGUACCUACUGUCUCUCCCCUUUCCCAAGGUCCUCCCGUGCCUCAUAUGUCCCACCUCGCCCACAUGUCCUCUAUGCCUCCCUUCAACCCCUCCCUACCUCCCCCAGGGGGAAUGGGUUCCGGCCUCCCUCUUGGAACCCCCAACCCCAUGCUAUUCAACCCCCUCUCACCUCUGGCCUCGCUGGGCCUCCAGGCCCAUAUGAAGGCUGCUGCUGCCGCAGCCGCAGGGGUUGGCGUGGCCCAUCCCGAUGAGUUGUUUGUCCUUCUGCAGAACCUCCCGUUCUCCUGCUCAGAGAUGGAUGUCAGGGAGUUUUUCCGUGGUCUGGGGGUGGAUGGGGUUCGCCUGCUGAGGGACGGGCAGGGUCGGCCAACUGGCAGGGCUAUGGUCAAGUUUUUCUCCCCCCAGGACAGCUUCGAAGCUGUGAAGCGGGGAAGUGGCAUGAUGGGCCAAAGGUUCAUUGACAUCAGCCCUGGCUCUGAGCGGCAGUGGGCCAGCCUCAAUGACGGCAUGAUGGGCCACGCUCCUCACAAUAUCAGCAAAUCAAAUAACAGCAAUGAGUCACAGGACCAACAUCACCGCCGUGGUAAUGCUGGGGCAGGAGGCAGGGAUCAGCGAGGAAGGUCGCGAUCUCCCCACCGGCAGGAGUUCUGCGUCUACCUGAAGGGCCUUCCCUACGAGGCCGACAAGAAACAGAUAAAGGAGUUCUUUAACAAUUUGGCCAUCAUGGAGGACAGCAUCUACAUCGCCUAUGGGCCAAAUGGGCGAGCCACGGGAGAGGGCUUUCUUGAAUUCAAAACGGAACAGGACUACAAGACUGCUCUGGGUGCUCACAUGCAGUACAUGGGCACUCGCUUCAUCCAGGUCCACCCAAUCAGCCAGAAGGGAAUGCUUGAAAAGAUAGAUGCCAUUCGCAAACGUGAAGCAGUACAGGGUGAUGGCAAGAACCAGGAUGGCUUGAAAGUUCCCAGGAACUGUGCUCACAUCACCAACAUCCCUUACAAUGUCUCCAAGAAGGAUGUCCGUGCCUUCCUGGAGGGUGUGGGGCUUUACGAAGACACCUUAAAGGUUCUGACGGAUAGCCACGGCAACGGUUUAGGGCAAGCUAUUUUCCAGCUGCGCACCGAGGAAGACGCCCGCAAAGCUGAAAGACUGCACCGCCAAAAACUCAAUGGCCGCGAUGCCUUUGUCCACCUGGUGACAUUUGAGCAGAUGAAGGAAAUUGAGAGGAAUCCUCCUCCCCAGAACAAGAGGGGCCAACGCAACCAGAACCAGCAGAACCAAAAUCAGAACCAGCACCAGCAAGCCCAGCCCAGUUCCCAGCAACCACAGAUCAACCCAUUUGCAGGGAUUAGUGGGGAGGAGUUUAACUUUCUCAGAAACACAAUGGGGAACCUCAACAGUGCCCCCUUUGUGACUCAAUUCUCAGCUCCAGGGAAUGGGCUGGCAGGCCCUCCUCCUCUCCCUCCUCUGGCAGCAGGGCUGGGGGACAUUAAUCUGGGCGUUGCUCCUCCGCUAGUGGCUGGUCUUCCUGGAGGCCCGAUCCUGGAGCCGCUAGGCUUUCGACCCGGAGGUGCAGGAGGACCUCCGUUUAGCCAGGAUGCGCUGAGAGGGUUGGUGCCCUUUGACAAUGCCAACAGAAAAGGAGGUGGAGGAGGUCAGAGCAGAGGGGGGGGGGCUAACAACAAUCAAGGGCGUCCAGGGGGCGGGGCUGCUGGUGGCCAGCAAGUGUUCACUCCAGGAGCGGACAGUCUCCGUAACCAGCAGGCCCCUGGAGGACCUAACAAUCCCAACAAUCAACGCGGCGCUGCUGGCCCGACAAUUGUAAAGCUUCAGAACAUGCCGUUUACUGUAACCGUGGACGAGAUCAUGGACUUCUUCUAUGGCUACCAGGUCCUGCAAGGCUCAGUCUGCCUGCAGUUCAGUGAGAAAGGCCUGCCAACUGGCGAGGCCAUGGUGGCCUUCCAGAACCACGAGGAGGCCACUGCCGCUGUUAUGGACCUCAAUGACCGACCUAUUGGCGCACGCAAGGUCAAGAUAAGCCUUGGUUAAAGCCCCCCCCCCCCCAAAAAAAAAAAAAAACAGACAGACUGUAUACAAAACACAACACACCUACCUGGAUCAACCAUCCAGGUAAAACAAAGCCGACAUAAACCCCACCUGAUUCUGGACACAAACUCAACUACAGCCCAGUUUAGACCUUGCCCAGCCCCAGACCCAAACGGUGAUCCAGAAUGCAUUUUUUUGUUGCUAGGGGUAGAGAUGUGUUAAAAUUCUGAGUUUUAUUUUUCAUUAGUUUAAAAUCUGUUGAGGUGUCAUCUAAAUCCUGCGGCCGCAUAUUCCAUGUGGUCCUGGUCAUUACUGAAGCUCCUCCCCGUGUAUAGAUAAUUAAAGGUACCCCCCCCACCCCCCAUCCAGUAGGUAGACUACUCUUUUCUGCAGCUCCUCCACCAACUCUGGCACAAACUGAUCAUGUUGAUGUUGGCAGGAUUUUUGUCCCCUUUGACCCUGUUUCCAAUGCAAGCUUUUUGUCAAAUCAUGUCCAGAGUUGACACACUGAACAUAGUCACCUGUUUUGUUGUAAUGGCAACAUCAUGAUAAUAAUGAGUUUGACAAACAUUGUUGCUAUAUGCGCUUAAAUAUGCUGUGCGGCUGUGGUUAACAUUGUACAUGCUCUGUUUCUAUGGUAAUAUCUUAAUAUGCUCUGUUGCUGUUGUAAAAUGAUGAUGAAAAGCCACAGUAUGUUGCUAUGAUAAAAUGUUUAUGCUCUGUUGCUACGGUUAACAUCUUCACAUGCUCUGUUGCUAUGGUAAAACAUGCUUUUCUACCACAGUGAAGUGUUGGAUCUCUGUUGCUAUGAUAAUGUCUUCACAUUCUCUGUUGCUAUGGUAAAAUUAUGAUUAAAAAAAGCUAUGUUGCCAUGAUCAGAUGUUUAUGCUCUCCUGCUACGGUGAAACGUCGACACAAUUCUGAGUUGCAACACUGCUCUGUUGCUAUGUAGAGAAUGUGGGAUGGACAGAUUGUUUUUAUUUUGUAAAUAAUGAGUUUUGGCCACUGAAUCUUUUUGCUCUGUCACAUUUUUCUGAUGUUGCUGUGUUUGAACAUUGCCACCUCCAGCCCCUCCCUUUCUGCAGCACAUGCCCAAUAGGUGUUUGGACUAUGGAGCGCUGAGAUGAAGUCUGUAGCGUUUUUAGUUGGGUAGCUUUUUGUUGUAUGUAUGUUUUGAUAAUGUUUUGGAUGUUUUCACCUUGAAGCUCGUUUUUGUUUCUAUUGUCAGUGUGAACAAAUGACCAUACAUGAUGUGGAGUCUCUUUUGCUUUGGCUAAUAAAAGGACGUUCCUGAUGGUCACCUG